GGCACCUGCUCUUGGGGCUCUGCGGUGCUGCACUCUCUCCGGGUGCAGUGGCUGGAGCGGCAGGUUCCUGGUUGCUUUCUCUCUCUCUUCCAGGGAGGAGCCACCAUGUGCUCUGAGACGGGCUCCAGGUACACCGGCAUGCUGCUGCUGCCCUUGGCCAUCGCUGCCAUCAUUGCCAACCUCCUGCUGUACUUUCCCAAUGGGCAGGUGCUGGAGCCUGCCAAGAUCACAGACUUGGUCUGGUUUUUCCAUGGCUUUCUUGGAGCUGGUCUCUUGGUCAUGGUGCCAGCACUAAUGCUGUUGAGAGGAGGUGGAGGAGGCUGCUGUGUCCACAGAUGUGGGAUGCUGUUCCCUGUGCUUCUGGCCACACAGGGCACAAUGGGGGCUGUGUACUGUGUGGUCAUUUCUUCACUGGGUUUGCUCAGUGGCCCCUUCUGUGACACAGGCAGUGGAAACUACACCUAUCCUUUCAGGAAUGACAGCCUGGAGGACAACUACUUGUUCAACCAGCCCACCUGGGCCACGUGCCAAGAGCCUGAGCAUAUCGUCCUGUGGAACGUGGUCUUGUUCUCCAUCCUCCUAGGGAUCGGCGUGGUCGAAGCAGUGCUUUGCCUUAGCCAAGUCAUCAGCGGACUCUGUGACGUCUACUGUGGUACCUGCAUCGGAAAAGGACAGGUGAACAUAACUGGUUUAUGA